AUGUUCUCAGUCGGCCUACCCCUUACGCUUUUCCUCGCUGGAGGUCUUCUGUGCCUCGCUUCAACGACAUCCUUGCCAGAACGCAGCAUUGUCAAGAGAGCUCCAUCGGGUCCCAAAUUGUUUGGCGAUGAUUUCCCCGACCCUGCUGUGAUCAAUUAUGCCAACACGUGGUACUCAUUUGCUACCCAGAAGGCUUACAGUGCCAUUCGAACGCAAGUAGCUUCGUCCUCAGACUUCAACACUUGGCAGCUCGUCAACAACUCGGUUGGCUCUCAGCAUGAUGCUAUGCCCAAUCUUGCGUCUUGGGUCUACUCGCCCAAUCCGAACGUUUGGGCUCCUGACGUGAACUUGUUGAGCUCUGGCAGCUUUAUCAUGUACUACUGUGCCACGACCUCACAGAGCACAUCUCAUCAUUGUGUGGGCGCCGCACACUCUUCGAAUAUCGUUGGACCGUACACCGCGGAUUCGAGCCCACUGAUAUGCAACCUCACCGCAGGAGGAGAUAUAGAUCCUUCGGGUUAUUCAGAAAAUGGUCAGCAGUAUCUGCUUUGGAAAGUCGAUGGUAACUCGCUUGGCAAUAGUGGUCUCUGCGGCAACGACAACGGACAGUAUUCUACUCGCAUCCGCAUCCAGACAGUAGGGUCUGGCGGAGUGACUCUUCAAGGCGGCAUUACCGACCUUCUGGACAACUGCGACUACCUCAAGAACUGUGCCUCAGGCACGACGGACAACGGCAUCGUCGAAGCUCCUUCACUUGCGAAAGUCGGCUCAACAUACGUCCUGUUCUUCAGCUCGGGUUGCUACGCCACUUCGAACUACAGGGUCAACUACGCUACCUCGAGUUCUCUGCUGGGACCAUACACUCGUCACUCGGGGUCUUUGUUUCAGAAUGGCACCUAUGGACUGAACAGCCCUGGUGGUGCUUCAAUCGCUCGUGAUGGACAGCAUUUGGUCUUCCAUGCGAACUAUGGCAGUGGACGAGCGUUAUAUACCGAUGUUAUCUCCGUUUCAGGCACCACUGUAUCUGGGUAG